AUGGUGAAACUCAUCGUCGAAAUUGCGAUGGAGCUCGAGAACAUUGCGAGCGUCAAGCCCGCCCCGGACUACGAGUACUUCUUCAACUCCUUUCACCCAGAAGCUAAUGACCAGGUGACCUGCACCUCCUGCCGCGAGGAACACCCCAAGGUUGUCUCCUUCAAUCAGCAGGAUGAGCACGAGUUGAGCGGCUCGCGAGGGAGCGCCAACUUCGUCUGGCGCUGCGGAAACUGCAAGGUGAGCAUCUCCUCGUUGUUCUACGCUGACAUGCAGCGUGAGCAGUCGUGCUCCUUCACGCCAGUGGGAAAGGACAAGUCGACUGCGCCGCUGCCAUACACCUCCGACUCGGGGGCGCUGCAGCCGCUCGUCGCGCUCGACUGCCGUGGUCUCGAGGUGACCAAGUUCCACUUCCGCGGCAAGUGGGUCGCUGAGACCGAGGGAGGAAAGGAGAUGGAGUGCGACUUUGACGAGGGGGAGGACCGCUGGGACGACUACGACGAGGAUGGAGGCGUGCCCGUCAGCGUAUCUGAGAUGCGGAGCGAGGUCAAGCGCGGUUAA